AACCGCAUACUGCAUACCGCGCUCCAUGUAAUCGCACCCUUACUUCCUGGUUUUAUCCUUGUUGUCCAAUCAUGUUAAACAAGGAUAAGACGAUUCACGGGACUACGGGAGCACUCGGGUGAUAUUCCUGAACGCACUACGCAGCUUUUUGAGGGGUGUUGAGGGUCUUUAGGUGCAUUUGGCGCGUUUUAUUACCAUUGAUCUUUCGGUUGGGACAAGUUUAAACAAGUUUAAGUCGCUGCUGUCCUAUCCGACUACCUAACUCGUUUUGUACAUUUUUAGAAACGAACAAUCACCGUUAAAGGCCAUUUCGAAUUUCGACGAAGAAAUAGGAAAGAUAUCGUGGUUACGGCUAAUGAUCGACCUGAUCUUUAAUCACAGGAGACAUGUCGAAAGUGCGGAAAUUGGCUCUUCGCGGCAUUCGCAAUUUUGGCGACGAUAGCGAGGAUGCAAUAAUACGUUUUUCCUGUCCGUUGACGCUCAUCUUGGGCCCAAACGGUACAGGGAAAACGACCAUUAUCGAGGCAUUGAAAUAUGCAACCACCGGCGAGUUUCCACCGAGCUCUGAUAAAGGAAAAUCUUUUAUACAUGACCCUAUGCUGGCAACAACUGGCUUGGUGAGAGGUGUUGUCAAAGCUGAAGUAAUCGAUAAUAUGGGUACUAGUUAUGUAGUAUCCAGGACAAUCGAAUCGUCAAAAGGAGAAAAAAAAAAGUUUAAAACUCUUGACAGCACUGUAACUAUAACGAGUAAAGAUAAGAAACAAAAGGCAUCAAUAACCAAUAAAUGUGCUAAUGUUGAUGCAGAAAUUGGUAUAGCGUUGGGUGUUUCAAGAUCAAUCUUGAAUUUUGUUAUAUUUUGCCAUCAAGAUGAGCUUAAUUGGCCAUUUGAUCAAGGGAAAAUGUUAAAAGAGAGAUUUGAUGAAAUAUUUGACAGUGCAAGAUUUAACAAAGCCUUGGAAACUAUUUCCAAGCUUCAAAAAGAAUUGCAAAGUGAUAUUAAAACUCUAAGUGCAGAGAAACAGACUUUCAAAGUACUCUUGUCGGAAGUACAGGAUAAAGAAACUAAACUCAAGGAUCAAAAGAAAAGAUUGGAUACCACAAAGGAGAAAAUUAAUGAUAUCGAUAAACAGCUUGAACCUGUGAAACAAAAACUUGAAGAAGUACAGAAGUUUCAUUUAGAAUAUAAGAAUAUCCAGACUGAAGAAGAGAAAAAAAAGAUGGAAUUUGAAAUGCAUAAGGACCGAUUUGAGAAACUGAAAAAAAGCAUACAGAAUAUUUAUGAGGGAACAACAGAAGAAUUAAAAAUGCGUAUAGAAUCUUAUGACACUAUACUGAAAGAAAAAAACAUCGAAAUAACAGAGAAUGAAGCUGAAAUUAAAGAUAUUUCCAAGAAAGAAACUAGAAUCUCGAAUAUCUUAGCGACACGAAGGGAAACUGUAGGUACAUUAAAACAACAAGUGAAAGAUAAUGAGAGAAGAAUGGCUCGUCGCAAUCAGUUAUUAAAUGAAGCAUUGCAAGCUUGGAAUUUCGAUACAGUAGAAUCAGACGUAUCUGAAAUAGAGGUGAAGGCUUUUACAAAAAGAUUAGAAGAUAAAAUGCGAACAUUAGAAAAACAAGUAGAUGAAAAUAGAUUAGCCAUGCAGAGAGAGGAAAAAGAACUUCAAAAGGAAGUUGAUACACUGCGUAGCGGUUAUUCGAGGGUAGAAUCGGAGAAAAUCCUUAAAGAGAAAGAAAUAACAGAUAUAAGAGACGAAAUAGACUCAAUUCGAAACGAGAUAACACAGAUCGGUGCAGCAGGAAAUAAAUUGAAGUCAAUCGAACAAGAACGUAAAAUAGAAAAGCAAAAAAUUGACGAACUUGUCAACGCGGUGAACGUGGAUUCUCUUGAAGCUGAAAAAGCGGAUAAAGUAAAAUCUAAACAUAAGAUUGAAACGAGUUUAAACGCAAUCGACGACGAAAUUUUUUCUUUGCAUAAAUUAAGCUCGUUAAUGGCAGAAUUUGAAAUAAGAAAGUCAGCAUUACAAGCAAAGGAAGAAGAAUUGGAAAAUUUGAAGAAAAAGCACGGAAAUAACAUCAAAGUAUUGUUAAAUAUCCAAGAAUUAGAACAAAAAAAAUUAAAAGAUACUUUAGAACACGUACACCAGAAAUUGGAAAAAGAGACAAAUUCCUUAACACGAGAAAUUCAAGCCCAAGAACGUAAAACUACUGCUUUUGAAACAACAUUACGGCAUAUAGAAUCCGAUAUUAAGAAGAAGACAAUCGAGUUACACAAUAAUAAAGAAAAGAUAUCUGCAGUGUGCGAUUACAAAGAAUUCGAUGAGACUUUGUUAACGCAAUCAACGAUCGUAAAGGAUCUUCAGGACAAGAGAGGAAUUUAUGCUUAUCAGGCUACAGCCUACAAGGAAUAUGUUAAAAAGUUAUCCGUAAAGAAUCCUUGUUGCCCAUUAUGUCAUAGAAAUUUUGAGAAGCAAGAUAAUGUUGCAGAUUUAAUAAAAGAAAUGGAAGGCGAUAUAAUACGUAACCAACCCGGUCGUUUAAAAUUAUGCGAACAAGAACUAAAGGUAGAACAAGAAAAAUACGACAAUAUGUUGCAGUUGAAACCUAUUGUCGAAAAAGUCAUUCAGUAUGAAGAAAAUGACUUAAAAGUAUUGGAGGAAAAGUUAAAAAAGACGCAGAACAGUGUGACACAGUCAAAAAUGGCUGUUAAGAAUUUAGAAGCGUCAAAAAUGGAACCUGAGAAGAAAUUGUUGCUGUAUAAAAAUAUAAUUGGUGACAUUAAAUUUUGGGAUCGAUGUAUAGAUGAAAUACAGCAAUUGAAGAAAGCAGUGAAUAACUUAGAAAUUCAAAUGGCCAAUUUUGGGAUUAAAACUGAAAGAACUAUGGAAGAAGCGCAAGCACAACGAGAAUCUUUGAGAAAAUCUCUUAGAGAAAUUUCUAAUCAUAUUGAUGCGUUGCAACUCAAAUUGACCAAGCAUAACGAGAAACUGCAGAACGCUCGAGCGAAGUAUAACGAGUUAUACGAGAAGGAAUUAAAAAUACAGUCUGAUAUGCAGAAAUUGAAACAUUUGAAGGACAAGCAGAGCGAUUUGUACACACGAGAAAUUACUGUAGGAGAAACAGUGGAAAAAUUGCGGAAGGAUUUAACACAUGCUGAGUCUAAGUUGGAUUCCAAAAGUCAGGAAUUAGAAAAGACCAAGGUAAAGAAUUGGCAAAAGCAAGAAACUGAGAGAAAAUCGAUGUCCGAAAGUGCUAGACGUUUGUCUGAUUUACAUAAAAUAUUGGACGAGAUCAGUUCUUUUAUUAGCAGUAAUGUACUUGAGAAACUCGCGAAUUAUGAACGCGAGAUAGAGACUUACAAUAAUUCACUAACAGAACUUAUGAACAAGAAAAACGAUAUAGAGCAAACUGUAAGCAAGUUGAAGGAGGAUAUUGCCUCUCAAGAAAUUGGUAAACGAGAGUUACUCGAUAAUAUGAUGUUACGUAAAAUUAAGGAAACGUUAGAAACCCUGAAAGAACAAUACCAAAAAUUGAGUGAAAAAUUAAAAAAUAUGGAUUAUAAAGAAAUGAUGAAGAAAUGGGAGCAGUUAGAAAAUAACAAGCAAGCAUUGCUUCGGCAAAGGAAUGUCGCAUUGGGAACUCAAGAAGAGUUAGAGAGAAUAAUCAAACAAUACACGCAUGAAUUACAGAAAGAGGAAUAUCGAUUAGCUCGUCGAAAUUACACUAACAAGUGUAUUGCAUUAACGGUUCAAGAAGACACUAUAGGUAAUUUGAAAGCUUACAAUAAAAUAUUGGAUACUGCAAUGAUCGAAUAUCAUGAGGAGCGUAUGUUGACAGUCAAUAAGAUAAUGAAAAAGUUGUGGAAACACGUUUAUAAAGGUACAGACACAAGCAGCAUAGAGAUUGUCACAGAACCUACAGAAGGUGUAGGUAGCGGUAGAAGAAGUUACAACUACAAAUUGAUUCAAACUAAGCACGGUUGUAAAAUGGAUAUGAGAGGACGUUGCAGUGCUGGACAAAGGGUGUUGGCGUCGAUAAUUAUAAGACUCGCUUUGGCAGAAACGUUCUGCAAAAAUUGCGGCAUUCUCGCAUUAGACGAACCAACAACAAAUCUGGACGAAGACAAUGCCAAUAGUUUAGCGGAUAUGCUAACUAAGGUGGUUGAGUUACGAUCGAAACAUCAAAAGAAUUUCCAGUUGAUUAUAAUCAGCCAUGAUGAAAAGUUCCUACAAAAGCUUGCUGAUUUGAAUAAUCACAAGCAAUUCCAUGAACUUUAUCGCAAACACAAUGGGAUGACCACAGUAAAAAUCUCUGAUUUUAACGAGCAUAUGGGUUCUCUUUUGCACGUCAAAAACGAAGAUGAAUCCGAUGAAGAGGAACGUCCGAAUCAAUCGACCAGUGGUUUAUCCAGAGAUGUAUUAAAUAAGAAAAGAUAUAACUUAGAUGACACUAAUGAAGAUAACAGACCGCCAGCUAAGAAAAGAUAUUGUUUCACUGAAUAAUUUAAAGUACAUGUUUUGAAAACAAACACUAAUGUUCAUGUGAUUGCUACAGUAUAUUUUCAUAACGUGUGUGUAUUCUUAUGAAAAAAGUAUACAGAU